AACGCCUUAUCAGCCUUCCACAUAAGCCGGGAUCCCGUAAGUGUCCCUCCAGACCCCGCCAGGUUGCCGAUGGAUAUCCAACUCUUCAAGUGAACAUCACUGGAAGUCCAGAGUAAGGUGAGCCAUGGGUCCGGCGUGGGAACAUCGACGACGAUCGUAACUGAAGUGUUCGGCGGAGCCAGGGCACGAUGAGCGCAAGGUACAAAGACUGACACGUGAUCUACCUGGGGCUUGAAAGAAGUACUGAAGAAAAAGCAAGUACUCGUUCAACCACCCGUCAACACGUGCCAACACAGCGAGGGCUCCCAGGGAGGUCACAUUCUUGCACACGGUUGUAACGCUCAAUAAGAUACCCUGCACGUGUUGUGCUGCUCAAGUUGUUCAAGAUGUUGUCGUGGCUCUUUGCUUUGUUGUACGGAAUUUCUCGCUUCAUGUACAGAAAUAUGGCUUCGACAUCUGAAUCUGACGUCGACAUGGAAAGGUCACCACAGUGGGACGACGUCAGGAAGGAAAUGCACGAAGCCAUUGCGGCGAAACACGAGGCUCGUGUUCUGAAGUGCCUGGAUGCUGUGCCUGCAUUGAAACUGUGGUUGGAUCCUGUCACAGAUGAGUCAGCUCGUUACAAAGCAAUCGAAGAAGGAGCCUUCAAUAUUCAUGGCCUUUUAGUCUCGCGGGAAUGUGGACUCAAGAACGACAGCGAAUCAUUGUGUUACCAACAUCUCUCACCCCUUGAACAAGCUGAAAUUCGUCGACAACGAUAUUACACCACAGAAUGCGAGGGCUCUUACAUCGACUAUUUGAAAAGCAAAUCACUGAGCGUCACCAGAUGUGAUGACUUCGGUGUACGAAAGGAGAAAAUGUUUAAGCAUAUCUCCAGUGAUGAAUUAAACAGGAUUAUUCUCAAAGUGGCUGCAAGAGCGCCACACCUGGAAAUAACGUUCGACUACAACAGUGAAAAUGUUCAAGGGAUCACGGGAAGCUGCAACAGAGGUGUCGCCGGCCUUACUUUCUACGAAGAGCAAAGAGUUUUCAUCAGGGGCCGUGCUGCAGAAGCCAAAGUCUGGGGAACACUUAUUCACGAGUUAUGUCAUACGGCACUUUACCUAGUGUACAGGAACGAUGGCAAGCCAUAUUACAGCGACGAUACCGAGCGGGAAAAGCAAUACAAGAACAUCCUGAAUAACAUAAAACCCAGGCAAAAAGAUAUGAACCUUCUCAUCCAGCAAGCUUUUAUGAGCAACAAGAAUGAAGAAGAAGAAUUGAUUGUACGGAUCCCCCACGUACUAGUUCAAUAUGGUUGCGACGAAGGUCAUAGGGUUCUGGAACGGGAAGUACCCGAACUGCUAAAUUUUUUCAAGGACCAUGUCAUCCAGGACAUGAGGGAAUACAUUCAGAAUGCAAUCCCAUCCAUAGAUGCAACACAGAUAGAAAAGGAAAACGCUAGACUGAACAAAGCUUUCAACACUGGCAAUCUCAACGUCCAGUUCGAGAAACCAAUAAAUAGAAGUCUCUGGGAGAAGGGGUCGCUUCACAUCGUUACGGGUCCAGAACUGAGGCUUCUCGAAAUAAUGGUUCACAACUCUGUGCAAGCUACUGGUCGACCAUACUUGUUUUUCGAAGAACACGAGAACUACCCCACGCUGGACUGUGAUGUGUUAGUGAAGUACAAAUGUGCAUUUGUGCUCGUGACAGUUCGUUGUGUCACACGCUUUAUAAGAACUCUUAGAUUCCUGAGUGAAGUAUCCGGUGUGACCGGAACUAAGGUCAUCUUGCUCGUGGAAGACAGAGAGAAAGAAAACUUGAUGAAAAAAGUCCAAGAAGGGAAAUUAUUUUCCGGUGUGCACGAAGACCACAGGGUCAUUGAAGCAAGCUUUAAGCACGUCUCAAAUAUCUGCAAAAACGACAUUUUUGAAAAAUCUCGAGUAAAACUUCAGGGCAAAGAUAUUUCAAGGUUACCGGAGGCAACAAAUACAGAUACCUUCUUACGUUGCGUAGAUACCGCAGUUUUCCUAAAGCUAUGCGAGUCGGAGAGCAUUGACCUGGGACCUCCUCUUCAUGAACUAGAAGAAUGUGUUAUGAGCUAUUACAUAGAACGAAGGCUUACAAGAACUGUGGAAAUUGACCUGCAAGAAUGUAGAAUGAACGAUGACAAAGAGGCUUUCGCACUUCUGGGUUGUGAGAAACAUGUUGCAAAAUUUAUACCUAAAGGUUACGAGGCAAAACACAUGGAUAAUUUAGUGUGGUUUGAAAAAUUUGUGGUAGUCCAGGAGCUACAUGACUACGAAGCUCUCCUAGACAACGAUAAAUACAGAGAGAAGGUAGUGCACCUGCUAAGGCUAAACGAAUCCCGCGAUGGACUCUUGUGGACCAAAUCAAAUGGCCCUCUCAAUCACCUUCCAAUGACGGGAUGUGACGAUUACACGACAGAGACGUUGCUGAACGUGCCCGAGAAGGUCGUUGUCGUCUCUGGAGCACCUGGUAUGGGAAAGAGUGUGUUGGCAUCUCGGUUGUGUACACAGUUAAAAACUCAAGACAAGAAACGGUGGGUGCUCUACGUCGACCUUGUUCAGAGAAUGGCAUCAGUUAAAACUGCGUCGCCUAGUCUGGAAUAUCUAGCGAAUCUGUGCCAGGUAGGAAAAGGUGGUCUGGAGUUCGCUUUGUUCGAAGAAAGCUUGAACAAUGGAAGCCCUUUCGAGGUCGCUGUCACGUUGGAUGGCUUCGAUGAAGUCAACGAGGAAUGCCGCAACUGUGUGCUGCAACUUGUAUCGUUUCUAGCCAACAGAAAAGUUUACAAGGUGUACCUGUUUUCUCGCACUGUGUUUAAAGCCCGUGCACAAGAUGCCUUGCACACAGUGUCAUAUGACCUCGUUCCUUUUUCUGAUGAAAACCAGAAUGAAUUCCUCACAAAAUAUAGGGCCCAAAAAGAAACUCCAGCCACCAGGAAUGACGCACUUGCGCAAAAAUUCCAGCAACUGUAUGGGACAUUGAAGGAGAAAAACAAGACAAUCCUGGAAACCCCUCUCCUACUUCGUAUGAUGGCUCAGAUGGAGAGCGGGGAAAUUACGGAGUCUGACGAUUACUCUUCGCUCCUUAAUAUUGCUGACAUUUGUGGCGGCAGGAUAUACACUGUACACAUUUACAUGAUGUUUGUUGAGUACAAGCACCUUGUGCACCGAAAGGAAAAGGUGAAAGAAAACAUCACCCUAUGUGCCGUGCGAGGGGACAACGAUACCGCGAAGUCUCCAUUCUACGCAAACCACGGUCUCCUCGCUAUGAAGUGUAUAUUUCAUCAGGAUAUAUUGAAAACCUUAUUGAGUGAAGACGAACUAGAGCAGUUAGAUCCAGGAGGAAAAUUCAUCGAGGGCAUUGCGGACAAUUCUCUCAAAGAAGGUUUUGUGAAUGGAAUUAACGAUCGAGGAAUUCCCGAGUUCGUUCACAAGACUUUCGCUGAAUUCUUCGCAGCUCACUACCUGUUGGAAAGGACAAAAGCCAGAAAAAGGCCGAGCUUUAGGGAAAAUGUCGUCGGACUGUACGGUGAAAUAGACUACGAGGGUGUAAUGGUGUUGUUCGAUGGACUGGCGUCGACGUCCUAUCCGCUUCACUCUGCCGUGAUGAACAACGACGCUUCAUAUUUUGAGCAACGUGAUAUCCAAACAGAAGACAUGCAUGUUGGCGAUGAACUCCAAAGGACUCCAUUGCACGUAGCUGUCAUGCAUGCUGAUAAAAAGACAUUGGAGAAGCUUCCAAUGGAAGAUGUACUAAUCAAGGACGAUAAGUUCGAAAUGUCACCAUUCAAGUACGUGGAACUCUUCUCCCCAUGGAUCGCAAAGUGGACGCCAGAGCAGAUGGAAUAUUUGCGGCACGUGCCUAGUGCAAUAAUUGCGCUGGAUAUGGUUCGGAGGCAACAUUUGUGGCCAAUGAGUCAAGCUAUGCGAGAGAGACUCAACGUGUUAUGCGCUCGAUGCAGUGAGGAAGCAGUGAAGCAUUCUACGGAAAAUCUGCGCAGAUGUGAAACCUUUGAGCAAAAGAGAAGUUUUCUAGAGCGAGCUAUAUCCACAGCUGUGAUAUACGACCUACCAGACAUUUUAGACGUGUACCUGACCUAUGUGUCCCCGAGAGACAGCACAGGAAAUCUAGACAGAGACAUCGUGGACCAAUUAGAAUCACGCAAGGAACGAAGCUUGAGAUGUUCUGCAGAGCCUUCGGUAAUUGGAAACCUUGAUGACUUUGCAGACCUUGACUAUAAAACUGCCCCUUUUUACGCAAAGUCGGAGGUUGUUUGGAAAAUGCUCCUUCCUUAUUGCGAUAUGGGAAUUCUUGACAACGAUGGAAACACAAUGCUGCACAUUAGCGCGAAGGGUGGAAAUUUGGAGACAACAAAAUUUUAUCUCUCACAUUUAUCCAUUAGCAGUAGAAAUAGACACUUUCAAACUCCUUUGCAUUUGAGCAAAGUUGCAGAGAUUGUGAAGCUACUUCUUCCUCUUUAUCCAUCAGUGAAUGUUCUCGAUUAUAAUCAAUGCGCUCCGAUGGAUAUAUGUGCACAGAGAGAUGAUUUGGAGGCCAUCAAGUUGUUACUCCUUCGCACUCGGACAUAUGAUGCACAUCACAUGAGACUCAACACAACACUUUAUGUGGCUUCUAAGUCUCGUUCCCUUAAAGCUGUGACGUUUCUUCUACCUCACACAAGUGCGCACCUGCUUAACUGCGAAGGAGAAACGUGCUUAGACGUUGUUUGGACAAGUUGGGUAUAUGAGUCGAGUUCGCAUUUCAACGUUGUGAGGUGUCUCAUCCCACACUCUCUCGUGAACUCACCUGAAACGCUCAGCUCGUCACCGUUGUAUGUCUGGGCGAAACGUGGUGGAAGGGAAGUGAUGCAAACUCUAUGGCCUUAUUUGCGACACAGUGACCCUAGGAAUGCACGGAGGAUCAGCAGAAGCUUGGUGGAUGUGGACGUGAAUUGGGAUUUUGAAGAAAUUUGGUGUCUGAAACUACUCUUCCUCCAUUUAGACGUCGUCGCUGGUGACCCUUAUAGCCGUAAACUGCUACAUGAUAUGGCCAAGCGCAAGCUACCACGGGUAAAUUGCAUCAAUUACAUGAAGCUGUUACUGCCACAUUUAAAUCUCAGUGAGCAGUAUUAUGUAAAAUGUCGCGUAGAAAAUGAUGGCAUCGUUACCUUAUAUCGGAAAUGGUCGGACAUGAAUAAAACCGAUGAUGCCCCCGUUGACAAUGCCGACACGGAAAUGGUCGACGACGAUUGCAGUACGAAGUUGCUGAUAGCAGCAGUGGAAGUUAAAGCUGUGGAACUUCACCUCUCCCAUUCAUCCGUGUGCUUUACAGAUAAACAAGAGAACACUGCAUUGCACUUGGGGGCGUUAAUUGGACACACAAAUAGGGUGAAAGUUCUGAUUCCUUUUUAUACAUCAGUGGACGUGAUCAAUGUGUUUCGAAAGACACCCAUGCAUGUGUGCGCCUAUAAAGGAGACCUGGACGUUGUAAAGUUAUUAUUACCUCGCUCUAGAAUGAGUUCCCGUGACAAGUAUGGAAAGACACCUCUUCACUUGGCCUGUUACAGUGAUGCCGUUGAUAUCGUGAACUUCCUUCUUCCACACUCGUUCCCUAAUAUGCGCGACAAGUUUGGUUCCACGUGCGGCGCUCUUUCCGCUAAAGGAAGGAAAAUGAAUGUUCUCAGAUGCCUCAUUCCUCACACUCUUAUGAACUGUCCUAAUUCGAUAGGCCAAUCACCAACGCUAAUGUGUGCAGAACAUUAUAUGAGAGAAGAGCUGGUGACAUUAUUGCCAUAUUCUUGUGAUUAUGACGUUGCGAGUUUACUGACGCCUUCCUUGUCGUCAUUUGAUGAGGACCAUAUCAGUAUGGAAAGUACGCUUUGUCUCAAACUGAUGGUUCUCCACUCAAAUGUCACGGCAGUGCAUGCGUGUUUCCGUAAAACACCCAACCGCAUUCGAAGGAUUUAUGUACAGUAAUCCAAACCUGCGUCCAAAGGAGACUGAGAGAUCAGUAUUCCUGAAUUAUAUUUCUCUCUUGCUUCCGCACGCAAGUAUUUCUGCUAAGGAGGAUGAAGGCAAGAAACUGUUACAAAAAGCCCUCCAAAUUAGUCAAGAUCCCGGAUUGAUUAGCGUGCUUCAGGAAUGGCUCGCAUGAGUGACAUUCAAAUGUAUAUGAAAUAAAGUGUUUUUCGCACAUUGGAGAAGUCUUAAUUCAAAUUAGUUUGGAACUCUCACUCAUUUCACUGCAGAGUUGUGUAAAGUAACUAUUGUCGAGCGAAACACAUGUGCGAGACAGUCAUACAUUUAUUACGAUCCAAUAAAUGUACGGGUUGCA